AGAGACGGAGUUUUCCAACUGUCUUUCUGCAUGGUAACAUUGCAUGACAAGGACCUCUUUCACGUUCUGUUUUUUUUCUAACAGAAUAUAUUUUAUCUUUUACUUUUUAAUGUCGAAAUUUAUUUUUUUCUGCAUUUUGUGCCAUAUUAAUAUGCACACAUUUGGCGCAUCAAAGACUGAGAAACAAGUGAUUUAAGGAUACUAAUAUCCUAUGUCUAACAUGCUGUGUUAGUCAGACAACCGCAAAAAAAUUAGAAAGGAGAUUCUUUUUUUUCUGCUUUGUUUUCAGGAUAUUUUUUGCAGGAAAGUCCCUUUUAGACCACAAUUUGCUAACAACAAGUAUCUAAGAAAACCUGACAGAUUAACGACUGCUUGUACUGCUUUCACAUUCACUUCUUUCUGUGCUGAUUUUUUUUCUUUAUUCCAGCCUCUUCUUCACAUCUAAACUACCAAAAAAUUAUCUGGACAAAUAUUCUUAGGAACAACACUAUUGGACUUUUGGCAACAGCUCAUUGCUCCAUUCUUCUUUAAUUUACAUGAAUACUUGCGGAAAUAUUCCCUUUUACUGGAACUGCAAAGCUGAAGAGGAAUCACACUAUUUCCUCAAGGAGGAAGAGAGAUCAUAUAUGCUGCAAUAUUAAACAAUAGAUGUGUAUGCUGAAAAGUGUACAAACAGCUUGUCUCAGUUAUAAGUAAGUAUAGAAGUCAUAUGGGCAAAAUACAUAUGGUAUGACCAUGGAUGCCCCAUUUACUUGUUUUUAAAGAAAAAAGACAAACUGAGGUAUUAAGUAACCUUACAGAUAGUAAUAUACUAUAUUUUUACUUUUUGAGGAUGUAUUUUCAUGACUUGGAAGAAACUGUGUGAGUUGAAAUGCUUCAUGGAUUCUAACGCCUUUUGUUCUCAGUUAAACUAAUGGUUCUUUUGUCUGGAACAAGAAAUACAGGUGGGGAGUCAAGAGGAAAUAAAGUAAAUGUAGAGGUCCACCCCAGUCAAAAUGUAGGAAAUAGCAACUGUUUAGUAGAGGAGGCCAAUGAACAAGAUGUGGAAGACUUUGCUCCUGGUGAUGAAGAUGUUGCCUGGCCGGGAACCACAGACCCUCUCCCACAGCUUCUUGCUGUUGUGCCUAGCAUGGAAAAUCGUAUUAAUCGAUCAGAUCAAGAUGAAGAAUGUGAAGAAUAUGAUGAUUUAUCUGAUUUGCCAGAUACCAGAAGCAUUGCUUCAGAUGACUCAUUUUACCCACCAGAUAUUGAAACACGGCGCUCCUGGCUGCAUGGACAGGAAAGUGAUGAUGACGAUGAUGAUGGAUGCCAAGGUUUUGAUGCAGAAAGUUUUAGAAGUUGGGAGAGCACUGAAAGCCCAGAGCCUCUGACACUUAUAAAGGCCUGCAGUACCAAUAAUGCCAUUGUACUAAAAGCCCUUAUGCGCCAGGGUUUGGCUGAAGAGGAAGUAUGUGAGACAGACAGGAAUAAUAGGACUGGCCUUCUAAUUGCGUGCUAUCAUGGUUACGUGGAUAUAAUAAUAGCCUUGUCCCACUGCCCUCAUGUUGAUGUGAACUGGCAGGAUAAUGAUGGAAACACAGCUCUAAUAACAGCCGCACAAGCAGGACAUAUAACAAUAACCAACUAUCUGCUGAAUUAUUAUUCUAAUUUGGACCUGGAAAGGAGAAAUAUUCAUGGGUUUACGGCAUUAAUGAAGGCUUCAAUGCAAGGAAGAACUGAAUGCGUUCGAGCCCUGAUGUUAGCAGGGGCAGAUAUUCAAGCAGUUGAUCCAAGUAAAGGUUAUACCUCUCAGAGAUGGGCAAGAUACACUGGAAGAUAUGAUACAGCAUACCAUAUGCAGAAAUUGUUGGACAGACCUUCCGCUGAACAAUUUAGUGAUCAAUUUCAGAUGGAAUGGCCUAAAAUGAAAGAGCUUCUUGCCAAAGCUGCAGAACCUAAGGCAUGUUCUCAAAGAAUAUCUGAUUGUAUUAAGUCAGUUUUUACAUUUAAUUAUUACAAAGACCCUGAAGAAGAUGGUGUCAUUGAUCAUAUGGUUAAGGUGACCACAGGACUAAAUAGUCCAUUUGUUGCUGUUGCCUGCAGAACUGUAUGCCCUGGAAGCCCUCCACAUGUAGGGAAACGGAGAUACUCCGUAUCUGAAAUUCUUGGGAAACACAGAUUGGAAGAGACAAAAAAAUUAGAUAAAGACUGCACAAAAAGCUAUGAAAAGCUGUUUCAAAACUCCAGGGUCACCAUGAUUCCAAAGAAUAAAGACCGGAGAUCCAGUCUUCAGACCUCUGUAUCUCAAAUGAGUAAUACUGUAGACACCAGGAGAACAAGUCUAUUGCCUUUGCAUCUUCUAAGAAGAAGCAGUGUGAGACCAGGCUGUGUCAUCCCUAAAGUUCGCAUAAGUAAAGCCCCGACUCCCACAUAUUACCCAGAGAAUUUAAAGAGGCGUAACAGUGUUAAAGCUAACACCUAUUUACAGCCUCCGAAAUGGAGAUACAAAGAAUUAAAGGAGCAAAGAAAAAAGGCUGAAGAAGAAGCGCAACGAAGAGCUGAAGAAGCUGCGAAGCAAAAGCAGCAAAAAAGAUCUUCUGUUAAAAAAUAAAGCAUAUUUGUUAUUUAAAAGAAAAGGUCUAGUUUUAUAAUCUUAUACAUUUGUAAGUUAAGAAAAAGUAAAUUUAUUAGCAAUACUGGGGGGGGGGGGGGUGGUAAAGAAAGUGCUUCUGCUAUUCAUAACAGAUGCUCCCCAGUUAGUAAAAUAUUGUAUAUUAUUUCAAUUAUAUUCUUAUUCUAGCAUUUCAUAUGUCAAAUAGAAGUGAUACCUUAUCCAUGAAUUUUGUUCCAUCCUCUUAUUGCAUUGAAUGUAUUUAUAACUCCAGGUGUUCUUCUUAUACUUGUUAUUCUAUGGAAGUGUCAUACACAUCUGGAAUUUGUGUAUUUGUGUAUACAAAUGCAUACAUGUCCAUUGGAUUAAAAAACUACCAUACCUGUGGCCAAUUGGAGAAGCCUGUGCUGGAAAAAGUUGCAGUGAACCAAAUUACAGUGGGUCCCAAUAAUGGUGUGGGGGGAGUGACUGCAUUGAUUUACCCUUGUGUUUUUGUGUGAUCAUGUUUUAACUUGUCUAACAAUUAUGUUUUUGAUCCUGUGUUCAUUGUAAUGUAAAAACAGUUUAUCAGGGUUGAGAAGUCUUAAACCAGAUACAGAAGAAUCAGUAAUUUAGCAGGUCAAGAUGUUUAUAAAAUGGUUGUGUUUUUAUGCUUGAACUGAAGGACUAGGCAUGAGUCAGUCAGAUCCCAGUCAGAUCCCAGUCAGCUUCUUUGUCAUAGAAGCUGGCCUACAAUUUUCAAAAAAAUACUCAAAUGCUUUUUUAAGGGUGUUGGCAUAAGGUUAAGAAACAUGUGGCAGGUGUGUUUAGCUUUCUAACAAAAUUAUACAUAAUUAUUAAAACCCUGCCUGGUCUUUUGUACUUGACAUAUUUUACUGAGGAAAAGGAAUGCUAAAUGUAGGUAACAAAGAGGAUAAAUACAGUAUAUAAACUAAUUUCCAUGUAAUUAUUGUAUUAGAUCAAAAAUGUUAUGGGACAGCUUGCUUUCAAGGGACCCACAGAAAACAGAGCGUCUCCAGACACAUUAUGAAAAGCAGCAGACUUUAUUUGGAAAAUAUAAUUUUGAUAACAAUCCUCAACAACUGUAUUUCAAAUAUCACAAAUCUUCUAAAGCAUAUGUGCACCAUAGUGCUGUUUGUCUGGUUCUGGGGAAUACACUGUCUGGGGUAUAUUACCACUAAUGAAUGUGACAUGUGCCUACAAUAAGUGUUAAAAAACCUAGGAAUAACAGGAAAAAAGUACUUCAUUGUGCUAUACAGUUACACAAGCAUGCUUUACUUUAAUAUCAUAUUUUAUGUGCUACCAAUUUAUUACAAAAGUACCAAAGACUAAUUAAACAUAAAGAAAUGCUGUUAGUUAAAUGUAUCAAACGCAACAAUAUAUAUUUUUUUUAAAUCAGAGCUUGAAUUAAUUUGUUACUGUAUUUAAAUAUUUGUAAAUGCAAAUAAUGGUAAUUAAAAUGUUAAUAUAAUACAUAGUUGUCAUAAAGUGUAUAGUUGUUACAAUAACCAUUAAUAAACACGAGAUUUUUAUGAAGGCUCUAUUUAUGCACAUAUUGCACUCUUAGUGCUAUUAGUGUAUUAUAGCUCAGGUUAAAUAACGGAAAUAAUUUAUACCUCACUUUUGGAAGUUGGGAACAUUUUACAUGAUCAUGAUCUUUGGAAAUGGUGUAUAUAAGUAAUAAAAUAUUUGUUGUGUGUUAUGUA